CAACUCCAGCGGGCCCCCUUUCGAUGGACGGGGCCGCCCACAUCGCCGGUGACUCCCCGGAGGCCAACAGGGCCUCCUCCUCCGCGUCCUCGACUGACUCGGCCUCCCGGCGCUCCCGACCGCGGAAGGGGAUUCACCUGCGGCGGCGUCGGCGACUGUUGUUCGCUCGGAGAGGAGAGGGCGGCGAAGGUGACGGUAAGGACGCCGAUGACGACGUGCAGGACCUCGCACUGUCGCCGGGGAUGUCCUUCGCGGUGGUUCUCGCCCAGCCAGAGGCUCAACAUCAGGGGCCGCGUAUACCCAGCGAUGCUCCCCGUCGACGGCAACAAAGUCCCCGGAAAGGUUUGGAAGGGGAUCACUGAUGGGGAGUUCAAUGUGCUGGACACAUUUGAAGAUGAACAGUAUGUGAGGGAAGUUGUUGGCAUCUCACUGACUGAUUCGGCGGAUACAAUGAUGGCCUAUGCAUACAUAUGGGGGAAUGUAGAUGAUCCUGACCUCUAUAGUGAAUGGGAUUUUGACGUCGACGGCCCUGCCGACGCAAGGGAUCUCGGGUCGCCGUCGCCCUUUGGGAGCUCCCUCUCCUUCCUGCCUUCUUACCGUGGUGCCAGGGAUCAACGGCCGGACGCCAGCAUGACAGAGCUAUUGUGCUGCUGCCUCAGGUCGUCCAGGCUCGUCCUCGGUCCCAGCCACCCAUCAUCAAGAUCCGACGUCCUCUGUCCUUUUUUCUGAUUGAUGUGAGUAAGCCUCCACUACCCGCUUCCAACUCUGUAAAAUUUGCUGUUGUAGUUGGCAUGAGAGGCCGCCUUGAUGCAAAGCUACAAGUUUACGUGGGUGUUGCUGGCCGUUGCCCCCUUGCCCCCUGGCCAGCAGGGUCUUCCAUGACCAGGGCCCCCAAGCUAAGGAGUAACAUGCUGCAGCUUCUGCCCACCACCAUGUAUGAGACAUGGAAAUCUAGAAAGCUAUAGGUUUGUGCGACACUCAUGCUCACCAUGUGUUUUCUGAAAUGCUCCCAUGUAGAUAUAUAUAAAUUGAUGUUUAUAUAUUAUAAGCAUUUGUAAAAUGUUCAUGUACAAUGCAGUAUGCAACAAUAA